AUGGCGCUCUUUCUAAUGAAGAAACAAAAAGUGCGAUCUGGUGACAAGGUCUUACAGGAUCACCUUAGUUCCUGUGGAAAAAAUGAGACUUACAUAUCAAAGACAUCUCAAAAUAAGCUAAUAAAUUGCUGUGGCGAGGUCAUCACUGAUAAGAUUAUUGCUGACUUGAAGGUGGGUAAAUUUUAUGCCAUUAUUGCUGAUGAGGCCCGGGAUAUUUCUAACAAGGAGCAGAUGUCCCUUGUGUUGCGCUUUGUUGACGAGGAAAUGAACAUAAGGGAGGAAUUUGUUGGCUUUCUUCAUUGUUCGUGGGGUCUGAAAGGCGAACAACUCGCCAAGACUAUUCUUGAUGCUUUGGAUAAAUUAGAUGUUCCUAUAGCUGAUUGUAGAGGUCAGGGAUACGAUGGUGCUGGUGCUGUUGCUGGACAUAUCAAUGGUCUUUCUGCUCAUUUACUUAGGUUGAAUUCAAAGGCUCUUUUCACCCAUUGUUAUAGCCAUCGUUUAAAUUUAGCGAUUUGUGAAUCAAUAGAUAUUAUUGACGUGAAAUCAAUGUUGAAGCGGGUAAAAAAGGUUUGUGAUUUUUUUAACGCCUCGCAGACACGUCAAUUUCCACUCGGGAGAGACAUUCAGCAACAUAGUUCGGAAUCUGGUAGUCGUAAGAAUUAA